GGCGGAUUCCGAGCGUGGCGCGGGGUUCUUCGACCCAGUCGCGGUGGCGGUGGGGUCGGCGGCAUGUCCGGUGCUGGAGGGGACACGGGAGGAGAGGGCACUGCCGCUGCCGGCCCGUUCAGCUUCAGCCCGGAGCCCACGCUCGAGGACAUUCGGCGCCUCCAUGCUGAAUUUGCUGCGGAACGAGACUGGGACCAGUUCCACCAGCCUCGGAACCUCCUCCUGGCCUUGGUGGGGGAGGUGGGGGAGCUGGCGGAGCUCUUCCAGUGGAAGCCGGACGAGGAGCUCGGCCCCCAAUCCUGGCCUGCCCGGGAGCGGGCCGCCCUGCAGGAGGAGCUCAGUGACGUCCUCAUCUACCUCGUGGCGCUGGCAGCCCGCUGCCGCGUGGACCUGCCCCGAGCAGUGCUCUCCAAAAUGGACACCAACCGGCAACGCUACCCAGUGCACCUGGCCCGCGGCUCCGCCCGGAAGUACACGGACUGGCGAGGGGCAGGCUCUGAAGACCAGGUCGCGGGGGCUGCACCACUUGCCUGUGAGUCCCCGGGCCAGGGCCCCACCUAGGAACGCGGCCUAGGGACUGGCAGCUCAGCCUGGCAUCCGAAGAGCAGCGGGCGGCCUGGCCCUGGCACUCCUGGUCCUGUCCUAACAGAUCGGGGUCGAGGGCCCCGCUUCCGGAAGUCUGCCUCCCAGGAGCAGCCGGAGAUGGCUUCCUGGUGUCUGCCCCAAUAAAAGUUCUGGGUCACGA